AUGCAGAGCAACAGCAGCGCCUCCGCAGCCCUGAGCGCGUGUGGAGAGGAGGACGAGCGCGAACUCUCCAAAGUGGUCAGUCCCACAGGAGCAGCCUCCAACCUGGCCACUCUCAACAUCUCCCUGAGCUGCUGGCUCCACGUCCUCUCCAAGGAGUCCUCACUGGACCUGCACGGAGACGGAGCCAACCUGGCGGUGCGAGUCCUCAUUGCCCUGGUUUACCUAGUGGUGUGUGUGCUGGGGCUUGUGGGUAACUUCCUGGCACUCUUCCUGCUCCACUCCCGCCGCAGGGGCCAUCAUCACUCCUCCAUUGACUGCUUCGUGAUGAGCCUGGCGCUGACGGACCUCCAGUUCGUCCUCACCUUGCCAUUCUGGGCCGUAGACACGGUGCUGGACUUCCGCUGGCCUUUCGGCCGUGUCAUGUGCAAGAUCGUCAGCUCGGUCACCACCCUGAACAUGUAUGCCAGCGUCUAUUUCCUCACCGCCAUGAGUGUGACCCGCUACCGCUCCCUGGUUACCUCGCUCAAGAUGGAAAGCCCUCGGAUCACCACUACACGGGCCAAGUGGGGCAGUUUAACCAUCUGGGUGGUGUCUCUGGUGGCUACUCUGCCUCAUGCAUUCUACUCCACCACAGUCCAGGUAUCUGCUGAUGACGAGCUGUGCUUGGUGCGGUUCUCUGACUCCGACUCAGGCCACUGGGAUCCGCAAGUCCUGCUCGGGCUCUAUCAAACACAAAAGGUCCUCUUAGGAUUUGUCGUGCCCUUGAUUGUCAUCAGUGUGUGCUACCUCCUGCUCCUGAGGUUCAUCCUGAGCCGGCGCAUCGUUGGCAGCGUGGUCAGUGGAAGCGACACUGAGAGGUCAGAGUCCGAGAGGGGACGCCACCGUCGCCGCUCCAAGGUCACCCGCUCCGUCACCAUCGUGGUUCUGUCCUUUUUCAUCUGCUGGCUGCCCAACCAGGCUCUCACUCUGUGGGGGGUGUUAAUCAAGUUUGACAUGGUGCCCUUCAGUAAAGCCUUCUACAACGCACAGGCCUACGCUUUCCCCCUGACUGUGUGUCUGGCCCACGCCAACAGCUGCCUCAACCCGGUGCUCUACUGCCUGAUCCGACGGGAGUACAGAGCUGGACUGAAGGAGCUUCUGCUCAGGGUGUCUCAAUCCGUCCAAAACGUCCUCACUCUGGCUCUGAGAGGGAGACGAGUGGAGGAGGCACCAUCCAGCCUGGUCAGGAUACACAAGGACAUCAAUAUGUGAUUCACUGUUGGACGAAAAGUUCGAUAUUUUGGGGAAAAGUGCUCAUUUACUUUUUUCUUGCAGAGUUGAAGGAGAAUAUUGAUCCUCUCAUGUUAGAACAUGAAAUAGGAAGGUACAGCCAGCAGCUGAUUAACUUAGCUUAUCAAGCGAUACAAUACCUAGCCUGGCUUUUACAUAAAACCCAUGAAGCUAACUAAGGAAACAUAAUCUGUAGAAAAGCUGAGAUGUAAAAAUGACCGCUCGCUGUAUUACGGAGGUUUAUGUGUCAGACAAGUUCUGGGCGGGGACCUGUUAUUUUCUGGUGAGAUUGUUUUUGUUCAACAGAUAAAAUGAAAGGUGUUAAUAGGUGGGUGCUAAUUUUUCACCAUGUUGGCUCCCCAUGUUUCCAGUCAUUAUGCUAAGCUAAGCCAACUAUCUGCUGUAGCCUCAUAUUUGCACAGAGACAUGGGUGGUAUCAGUCCUCUCAUCUAACUCAAAAAGAAAGGCAGGUGGCAUAUUUUCUAAAAUGUCAAACUUUUCCUAAGCUUUACCUAAAACUUGUGUGCCAGGUUUAUUUUGGUGCCAUUUUUUAAUACAUGUUUU